UUUGUCCUUUAGACAUAUUUUCAAAAAUUGUUUUUAAUACUAUACCAGUCAAUGAAGAAUUGUUAUGCCAAUGGACAAAUGAUUCUUUACAUACAGAUAUAACUUCUGAAAAUAAUGCCAAUAAUCUCAACUUCCAUAAAUGGAUAAAUAUUAUAUUACUGUUAAUUUUAGAGCGGAAAAAAGUGAACUCAUGGAACAAGUUAAACAACAAAUUGCUGUUGCUAAUGCACAAGAAUUAUUAACGAAAAUGAUUGAAAAAUGUUUUAAAAAAUGUAUUAUCAAACCAGGUACAUCAUUAGAUAGUACAGAACAGAAAUGUGUGGCGAUGUGUAUGGACAGAUAUAUGGAUGCAUUUCAUCUUGUAUUUAAAGCAUAUAGUAAUCGUUUACAACGAGAACGCAAUAGAAUGUAAAUAUAUGAUAUAAUAUAAAUAAAUUGUUUUUUGUUGUGUACA